AAUCCCGGUUUGGUUGCAUCCCUCCCUCAGGAAAUAGGGCGCAAGUUCUCAAAGGGGGACAGGAUUGCCUAAAACCGUUUGAGUGAGGACUGGAGGUAUUCUCAGUGGACCUGUCUGCAGCCUCAGGUCCUCUCUGCAGGUUUGGUUAUUGCGCAACUGCACACAUCGCUGCUAAGGACAGGAAAAGAGAAGUUAGUGUGUGUCGGUCGAUACAAGCAGUGAAAGUGGCUACACAGCCGCUUGCUUAUUGUGAAUUGUAGUGUCACAGGCCUGUUUACAACUAAGAACCUCCAUCUUCAUCUCUGACAGAUGGACGUCUUCUCCUUCGUGUAUGCUGCGCUUCUGUGCACUGUUGUGGUGCACGGUAAGCCAACGUUAAGGAAAGAGAGAGUUCUUCAUGACCCAGAACUGGGAAGGCCUGCCCACGAAGACAAUAAAAGCUUCCAAUACGACCAUGAGGCCUUUCUUGGCAAAGAGGAGGCCAGAACAUUUGACCAACUCACCCCCGAGGAGAGCAAAGACAGGCUCAGUAAAAUAGUGGAUCGGAUAGACGGCAACGUCGAUGGCUACAUCACCACAGCCGAACUCAAGGCUUGGAUAAAACGUGUACAGAAGCGUUACGUUUAUGAGAAUGUGGCAAAGGUGUGGACAGAUUAUGACCUGAACAAAGACAACAAGAUUUCAUGGGAUGAGUACAAGCAAGCCACAUACGGAUACUACCUCGCCAACCCGGAGGAGUUUGAUGAAGCAACAGACCAGUUCAGCUUCAAGAAGAUGCUCCCUCGUGAUGAGAGGAGGUUUAAAAACGCUGAUCUGAACGGGGACCUUGCAGCAGACAGAGAAGAGUUUACAUCCUUCCUCCACCCUGAGGAAUUUGAACACAUGAGGGAUAUUGUGGUUCUGGAAACCCUGGAGGACAUUGACAAGAACGGCGACGGACACGUGGAUGAAGAUGAGUAUAUUGCCGACAUGUUUGCUCAUGAGGACGGGGGUCCGGAGCCGGACUGGGUCAAGACCGAGAGGGAACAGUUCUCUGACUUCCGAGACCUGAACAAAGAUGGUAAAAUGGACCAGGACGAAAUCCGCCACUGGAUUAUGCCACAAGACUACGACCAUGCGCAAGCUGAGGCAAGACAUCUGGUGUAUGAGUCUGACCAGGACAAGGACCAGAUGCUGACCAAAGAGGAGAUCCUUGGAAACUGGAACAUGUUUGUGGGAAGCCAGGCCACCAACUACGGAGAGGACCUCACCAAGAACCAUGACGAGCUCUGAGAUCUCAGCGCAGUUUCUGACGCGUACGUGAGGAGGGUUGGUGAAGAUCUGUCUUCAGAGGCAGAAUCAGACUCUUGCACCUCCUCCCACCACCGGAACCACCGCUCCAUCCUUUCCUUGUUACGUUGGGACAGAUAGUGUGUUGGAUUGUAAAACCAUCACUAUAGAUACCAAACGAGGAGGGAUAAGGGUCGGUCCUACCACUAACACUAACCGUCCAUCUCGGUUUUAUAGCGACAGUUCUGUUUCUGACAUUCAGGAGCAAAGCCAGAUCCAGUGGACUUACUUUCUGACGGUGCCUUCCUGCCGCAUCGUCGGCUUCACUGCCACAGAGAUCUGUGUGGAUAGUUUUAAAAACCUGUCAAAGCUGAAUGCCGAGCUUCAGGUCAAUUGUCAGAUACCAUGCAAUCUGACAAGGAACAGUUUUUGAUUGCCAUGUUAAUGUGAAACUACAACAGAUUAUAUUUAUUUAUCAAAUCUCUUCUCAGCUUUAGGUUUGAGAGGAAUACAGUGUUCAACUAGAGAUCGUUUUUGUUCACAAAUGAUGUUUCUUUAUUUACAGUUUUCCUGACCAUAUGACUUUAAUGAUUUGUUGUUGUUUUGAUUAGCUAAGUGCUUUUAAGAACUGUUCAUUAACUGAUGUUUAAUGGCAUGGUAUUUGCACCCGUUUGGUUUUAGCUGGGGUAGCCUGUAAAAGAUUUUUUUCUUCAUACUUAGUUUGAAAUGUAUUUAUUGGCAUACUUCAGGCCAACAGUGUGCUCCAUGUUAGAUUUGUAUAGACCUUUGCUGACAUUUGAGCUUUACCUUUUUACAGCGGUCUAAUUUAAUUAAGGUUGUUUUUUUGAGGAUUGUAUUGGUUUAAAUACGUAACUUCAUGUGACUCCUUGCUUCCUGUUACGUCACUUCAGGGUCAUCUUUUUGUAUCGGAUGUACCAAAUGUUUUUCCACAUUUUUUUGUGUUGUUUAAUGGAUAGUUUGUAUGACCGGUGCAUAGAACUAUGCAACUUGUGAAAAGAUCAAACUAGGGCCAGAAUUUGUAAUGGUAGUCACAUUAAUGUCACUCAAAACUAUUUUUUUUUUCUCCUUUUUGUAUUUUUCUGUUGUGCUUUGUUGUCCCAAACCUCAGAUGCAUUAAUAGUCCACAUCACAAAAAACAUGUCAACAUAUCUCCUUUUUCACACUGCACAUUCUAACAAACUAUGUAUAAAUAAAAAAUAAAAAUGUAUUGUGUA